UGUUAUCACGUGGCCCCUGAGGAAAAAGAGGUGCUUUUUUGGUGUAAAUCUGGAUUGCUAUUCUGUAAUAUAUCACAGUACCUCGUAAAACCGACAGUAAAACCUCCCGGCCUACAAAUCACCUGGUCAAAAUAUGAGUUCACUGUAUUAUGCGAAUACUCUGUUUUCCAAAUAUCAGGCUGCAAGUUCGGCUUUUCCACCCGGGAUUAUUCCCGAGCAAAGUUCUUGCGCAUUUGCUUCCAGCUCUCAGCGAGCCAGCAGCUAUGUCUCGGGAUCUCGUUCCGCUGCCUUUCCCCCCUCACUGUCGGGUCUCUACAGGAACAGCGGGAGCAUUCAUCCUCAGAACCAGAUCAUGUAUUCCGGCAGGUAUGAUAUUAACGCCAGCUCCUUCAACAUUCACAGUCCCACCUAUGAACAAAAUGUGUCCAUGCGUUCUGGAGAUGUAUCGAAGCAGUCCGACAGUGGUAAAACGGAGGAGCGGGACAGUGAUCAACAAAGUGAAAGCACCUUUCGGAUCUAUCCUUGGAUGAGAAUCUCAGGUGUGGACAGAAAGCGAGGCCGGCAGACCUACACACGAUACCAGACACUGGAGCUUGAAAAGGAAUUCCACUUCAACCGCUACCUGACAAGGCGAAGACGCAGUGAAAUAGCCCACGCUCUCUGUCUCUCUGAGCGCCAGAUCAAAAUUUGGUUCCAGAACCGACGUAUGAAAUGGAAGAAAGAGAAUAAGGUUACUGAUUUAAGUUCCUGCACCGAGGACAGGCCGGGCUGCGAGGAGGAGGAGGAACCAGAAGAAGAGUAGCGAAGAGUUUAUACAAGUCAGUCGAGUAAUAGUAUACUAGAAUGACAUUCAAUCCGAUAUUGGCUUUAAUUUUCCCAUUUUAGGACAAUGAAAGUAAAGAACCGCACUACCUAUUUGUAUUUUGAAAUAGUAGGAAUUUAUAUGUCUACUUAUGAAAUCACAUUCAUUUAUUUUUGUUUAUAUUUUAAGUAUUUCAAUCUUAGGUUUUACGUUUUAAGAUGCUUGUGUCCUAGUUAGCAGAAUCCAGUACGAUACAGUUUGCGCGUAUUUGUGUUGUAAGUUACGUUUGAAAAGAAAUCAUAAAGCAUCCAAAAAGGGAUAACGUAUAUCGUAGAAUAUCUAUAUUGUACAUACAAUAAACAUUUACAUCGCUGCAUUUUAACUUGAUGCGUAUGGUUAUUCCUGUUUUGUAGAUUACCUUUCCCAAACAGCGGACCACAAGCAGUAGGUAUUAAUAUUUUUGUCUGAAGGAUAACACUGUGAAAUGUUGAAUUUUUGCAUGUGUAAUCUUUAGUGACAAUAAAUAAAAGGAAUUUUAUUUA